AUGGAUCGCAGUCAUGAUCAUUCUCAGUGUAACACUUCUGACAAGCGUUCCACUCCAAGAAUGACCAACGUAUACAGAUCUGCAAACAGAUCAUCAUUCACUUCACAUGACAAAAAUGAUUUGACUUAUCAUGAUGGAAAUACCGAAAAUUCUUUCAUUUUGGUGACAUCCGAUGACAAAAGAAGUCAUGGAACUGCAUCUUCGUUACAUCGUAAUGUGAAGCGUAAUGGUUCAAACAAAUCUCGUAAUUCCCCACCAGUAUAUCUAGCGCUGAAAAGUCAUCGUGAAUUUGUUGAUAUUGAUAGUGCUGAGAUAGAAGUAAUUAGUAGUACGCCAAAGGAGGAAAUUUUUGAGCGAAGUCAUAAUCCACAACGAAGUGUAGAAAGUACGCAAAAAACAGCACAAGAUGUUGAACAGCUGACGAGAUUAUUUUGUGAACAUGUUGCAGUUUGUGAAGAAGUGACAGCGUUGUUUGUUUCACUUACUUUGGACACUGCUUACUGUUUAGUGUUGAAUUCUUAG